AUGGCUCUACCGCCUUUUCUUCUUGAUUACACUGCAUCUCCGAGACCAGUUGACCAUCCUGAGCUUUCUCCGCGUGUGUCACCUUACCACGUUUCGUUGCUUGUUCCCCAACCAAUCGCUCACACCAUGCGUGUCGUGCUUGGCAGGCCGCUAUGUUCUGCUAACGGGUGUCUUUUCUUUUGCCUCGCCCUCGUGAGGGAUACCGUCCAGAGUUUUGAUGAUACCACGUCCGUUACUAACUCGCCUCCUUCGUACGAUGCAACUUUUAUGUCUGCGUUAUCAUUCUAUUUCGCAUUUGUGGCAUUGUCUCCUCUCGCAAUCACUCCCCUUCUUCUGUACGCCCAUUGCCAAUUCCUGCGCUGCUACUUUCCAAGCAGUGGAGUUCUCCAGCCUCCCCAACAACUUAGCUGGAUUUCGCGGUUCCAUGUCAUCUUUGACGACGAGCUUGAAGCUGACCACCACAUAGAAGAGAAUGAAAUGGAGGGGCCUGAUCUCAGGGAGGACGACGAAGAUGACAGUCCAGCUGUGUGCAAUGAGUCAUAA